AUGCCUCGGGGAAUACCAAACGCUCGCAAAGAUGAAACGUCUAUGCGCUUCACCUCGUUCCAUGUACCUCUACAACCCAACCCGAAGCACGUCGGAUCGUCAUACCUCAAGUCGGAUUCUCAAACUAUCUGGUCUAGGAACGCUCAGAAGAAGCUGAACGUUGACUCGGCUCAAGCCAUACCGCGCGGCUCACAAGUCGUCGUCAUCCACCCCGGCUCGCGUUUCCUACGUAUUGGACGCGCAACACAUAUCGUACCCCUUACCAUGCCCAAUAUCAUCGCGCGAAAGCAGAGGCGUCCGGAGGGAAGCGAGCCCCUGCCCGUGCCAACAUACUCAGAAGGCAUCUGCAGGCCGCAGAGGACUAGAUCCAUGCUAAGGGACCCUCCACCAGCUCAGCCGCACACAGGGGAUGAAUACAGUGUUGCUGUAAUGUCUGAUGACCCGUUUGAUCAAAAGCUGGCAUCUAUUCAAAUGUCUUUACGUGACCGGAUGCGAUUUUACAAACUAAGAGUCACCACGAAUGCACCCCAUAUAGCCUCCACGUUCAACGAUCAAUUCAAGCCGGAGAUCCUGCCCGAAGGAUCCGACCCUGGACGUGUUCCAUUUAUCGAGGACCCCAGCCCGUCGAACGACGUGCUGGUCGGCGAGCAGGCGCUCCGGCUGGCAUCUCCACAUUCCCAAGGAUACAUCUUGCGACGCCCACUUCUUGGCAGACAUUUUAAUACUCGUGAUUACCCGCCGAACACAUCUCUGCAAUUCUUGUUAAGUGACCAAGAAACUAUCUUGGAGAAUGCUCUGCAACACGAGGCCAUCGCCGUUGAACGACAUUCCUAUAAGGAUUUUUCUGUCGUGUUGUUGGUACCCGAUUUCUACGAGCGAAAUUACCUACGAGAAUGGGCUCACUUGCUACUUGUGACCAUGGGCUUCAAACAAAUUACCGAAUCUCUCGCGGCGACAUAUGGCGCUGGCAUCUCGAGCGCAUGCGUCGUCGACAUUGGCGCAGCGAAAACAAGCAUCGCUUGCGUGGAUGACGGGCUGGUGAUCGCGGACACAAGAAUGUCCCUUAUGAUGGGUGGCGACGACGUAACGGAAUUUCUGUACGUCCUACUUGAUCGCAUAGGCUUCCCGUACAGGGAUCUGGACCUCGCGAGAAGCUACGAUUGGGAGGUCAUGGAAGAUCUUAAGAAAAGAAUAUGUACCCUAGCCGAGCCAGAUGUUGCUCUUAAUCUGUAUGACUUCGUCGUUCGUCGUCCGGGGCAUGCCACCGAGAAAUAUGGGUUGCGCGCGUACGACGAAAUCAUACUCGCUCCCAUGUGUAUCUUUGAACCACGAGUCGUCGAUUUCGACCGGAAACGGAUCGGCCUGCGUCCCAGUAUACAUCCUGACGUGGACGAGGACAUCAUCGAACAUUCGUCUGAUCGUCCGACCCAAGCCAUGAUGAUAUCAACGCAGCAUCUCGCGUCCUUAUUGGUCGCACCAUCACCUUUACCCGCAAUUCCCGAUACGUCAGCGAUAACUGCGGGACCGGCUACGCCAUCAGGGGAGGCGACCCCAGAAGGGCACCCGUCCGCAUCAGACUCAACUCCCGUGGUGAAGAGUGAAAAUGCCGCCAUCGCCGAAGCGAUCGUCGUUGACGGCGACACCGAUAUGGCUGAGCCACCAUCAGUGAACGUAUCUGAGCCAUCCACUGCUGCGCCCACUCAACCGGCGACCCCGUACCCGCUGGAGCCGAUUCCUCCAUCCGCUUAUGCAAUUGAUGUGUGUUUCGAAGCGUCCAAGCUUCCCCUCGAUGUGGCGAUAUUCAACAGCGCGCGCGCAGCUGGGGGCGAUGAAAAAAUCCGCAAAUACCUGCAAGCGGUCCUGGUGGUGGGUGGCGGUUCCUGUGUCUCGGGAAUGGCCCAUGCCUUGGAAAGCCGACUGCAAGCCAUCGCGACGCCAUUGGUGCCUAACAUGGAGAAGGUCACCAUCAUCCCAGCCCCCAGAGGCACCGAUCCACAGGACCUGUGCUGGAAAGGCGCGGCUGUGCUCGGGAAAAUGGAUGGGGUGGCGGAUUUGUGGGUGUCGAGGGAAGACUGGGACCUGCUGGGGCUGCGAGGAUUAAAGGAGCGGUGCUUCUAUCUCUGA